CGUAGAGAUGCGGUUGCGCUCCUAUCCACCUUUCUCACUGCAUGACAAACAAAACUGGAGUACAUACAACACAGACGUUGUUUCACGUUCUGGCUCGAGCCGUGUUCUUCUAGCGGUUGAAACGCUAGAAUUGGUUAUAAGUAUCCGUUAAAACCGUAACCGAAUAAAUGAAGGACACAUACACGGACGAACGACAACGGUCUCGCUCACCCAAGGAGCGGCGUAAAUCGGGUUCUUCUUCUCCGAAGCAAGCCUCUUGCCAGAACGGUGGAUCUGGGUCCGUCCCGACAACCCGGAUGGCGUCGAUCACUAAGAGCGUUGCGGGAAAGCCGCUGGCACGCCCGUACUCGCGGUUGCGGCUCGCCCUGGUAAGACACGGGGAGUCGUGCAACAACGUGCAUGAGAGCACGGGCGACGCACUCACCUACUGGAAGUACCGCAGUCCCGAUCCGGACCUUACGGAACGCGGUCACCAGCAGGCGGCGCUGUUGGCGAAGCACCUUGCGGACGAGAAAAAGUCACAAUUUUGGGGCAUGCACCCAAUCAGCGAGCUCUGGGUGUCGCCCGUAAAACGCUAUCCAGGAAAAAACACCCAUCCCCAUCCAAUUUGUCAUGCAAAACAUGCAUAAAAUCCACUAUUUCUAUUUGCCAUGCAAAAAAUGGAUGGGGAUGGGUGUUUUUUCCUGGAUAGACGCGCCAUGCAGACGAUCCGUCCUUUGUCACAAACGAAAGUGCGGAGGAACGGCGGCCCUUAUUUCGGCGAGUGGAAAACGGAAAUGGGGAUAAAAAGCGCGAUCAACGGAGGCAACGCCCGCUACGUCGAGGAGGCAAACAGACUCUCUUGCUUCGAAAGAAGUACUUAUCUAAAACGAGCUGCUUGAUUUCAGAAUUGUUUCUCUGUAAGAACUGCUGGCUUGUUAGUCUUGAUUUUGAUUUUCCAUGAUUUUUUGAUGCAUGAGACAAGACCAAGAUUUCCAAAAGCUCGUCAAAAUAACGAAAACAACAGCCGCUUCGCCAGCUGAGUAUGCGAAAAUGGAACCCCUUUUGCAGCUUCGAGCCUUCGAGGAGGGCGGUCUGUUCCAGCGGGAAGUUAUCGUCGACGACAAAACCGGGGAGUUUUCUUUGACCGAGCAGAAAGCCGUGGGUGGGCUGACGAAGUCGCAAAUCCAAAGAGAUUUUCCGGGCUAUCAGAUCCCGAAAGAAGUCACGGAGAAGGGCUGGUACGUGCCGCAGACCACGCCAACCGAGACACACGCCGAAUCCCGACACCGGGCGUACGAAUUCGCCAAAAUGCUGAAAAAGCGCGCCGCGGGGCUGGCGGCACCGGGCGCGGUGAGGCAGUCAGAUAACAUUGUCCUCGUCGCGCAUUUCGAUUUCAUCACCCAGCUGCUCGCGUCUUUGUUGCAUUUUGAAUCCAAGGACCCCACGGUGAAGGAGCAUGGCGCGCUGAUGCUGCACAACGGCGUUUUAGACGGAAUCUGGUUUCGACACUUCAACACCGGCGUCACCGUGGUGGACAUUCUGGGUGGCACGGGCCAAGCGGGAUAUCAAAUGCAAACAUGUCUGGGUCUGGAAGAAUGCAACUUGUGAUGCUGCGUUUGGAUUCCAAAAAAAUCUGUAUUGCAUGAGUAGCAAAGGGAAUGCAAUUUUUACUACGCUGAGAAGGCAUUUUCCAUGCGGAAUAGGCAUCAAGAUGCUCUCACAAAAUCUGUAUUGCUAGGGUAUCCAUCACAGACAUCAUGGCUCGUGCAAAACGUGCAUGACAGGCGUCAUAAUCUUCCAGACCCAGACAUUUUUGCAUGUGAUACGGGAAUCGUGCUUGCAAAUUCCAUUGACCAUCUACGCGACCACCCGGAACUGGUAUCCGGAUUCUCCUUAGGAAAUGUCGCCGGAGUCGAUACUGCAGUUCAGUAG